ACUUCUGACAUUAAACUGAAUUUGCUUACUUGUACAUACACACUUCUCACCUCUCUAGAUUUUUCUCCUAAAUCUUCCACCAAUGCCAAGUCCUUCAAAUUCUCCGCAAAACCUUCCAUAACCAAAAACCUCCAUUUCUCUGUUUCUAUAUCUCUGUCUUUAGAAGUGUCUGUUUCUCUCUCUAAAAAUGGGCUUAAUCCCAUUUCUAGACCUUGACCUCAACCUCAACUCUGAGCACGCCUCCUCCUCCUCCGCCAAUCCUACCGCCACCACCUCCACCGCCAUCGUCCCUAAGAUCGAACCCAAGCUUGAGCCACUUGACGAAAGCGAACUCCACCAAUCACCAGUCUUUCAAAACCCUAACCCUAGUUUUCCCUUCAAUUCUCAACAGAACACGCCAGAAUUCUCAGAGCCGGACUUGGGGUUGAACGCUCUCACUCGGAUCCCACAUCAAUCCUCUGAGGAAAGCAAUGUUUACUCAGAGUAUCACAGAAUUACUGAGCUUUUUCAGUCCGCUUUCGCUCAGGAGUUGCAGAAGUACGGCGAUGGCAACGUGUUAGAUCCGAAUUCUCUGGCUAUCGUUCCGGUGCCAGAGGAGAAUCGGCUCUCCACAAUCGUCGUGACGCCAAGUGCCAGAAAGAAACGCUCUGCAGAGUUGGUUAGGGUUACAGAUCUUGGAAUUGAGGACCAGAGGUACUUUCGUGACAUCGUGAGGAGGACGAGGAUGGUGUACGACUCUCUGCGGGUAUUCUGGAUGGCAGAGGAGGAGAAGCGGCUUGGUAUCGGGGCAGGGAGGCGGUCGCGGGCGGAUUUGAGGUCAGCGGCGGUGCUGAAGGAGCGUGGGUUGUGGCUGAAUCGUGAUAAACGAAUUGUCGGGUCGAUCCCGGGGGUCUACAUUGGCGAUCUGUUCUUCUUCCGAAUGGAAUUGUGUGUUGUUGGAAUGCAUGGUCAAGCUCAGGCCGGAAUCGACUACGUGCCGGCGAGUCAGAGCUCGAACGGGGAGCCAAUUGCGACGAGCAUAGUUGUUUCUGGUGGGUAUGAGGAUGAUGAAGAUAGUGGGGAUGUUAUCAUAUAUACGGGCCAUGGCGGACAGGACAAGCAUUCGAGGCAAUGCAACAAUCAGAAAUUGGAAGGUGGAAACCUUGCAUUGGAGCGGAGCAUGCAUUAUGGCAUUGAGGUGAGGGUAAUUCGUGGGUUUAAAUAUCAGGGGAGUGCUAGUGGUAAGGUUUAUGUUUAUGAUGGAUUAUAUAAAAUCGUUGACACAUGGUUUGAUGUGGGCAAGUCUGGUUUUGGGGUGUACAAGUUUAAGCUUUCAAGGAUAGAGAAUCAACCUGAAAUGGGCAGCGUGAUCCUCAGGUUUGCUAUGAAUCUUAGAAAUAGCCCAUUGACUGCUAGACCAAUGGGUUAUGUUAGUUUUGAUAUUUCGAUGAAGAAGGAGAGAAUCCCAAUUACUCUGUUUAAUGAUAUAGAUAAUGAUCAUGAGCCCAUGUACUAUGAGUAUCUUGUGACUACUGUUUUCCCUCCUUACGCAUAUCAUCCCGCGGGCAUGGUCAAUGGAUGUAAUUGUGUUUCUGGAUGUAUAGAUGAUUGCUCGUGUGCAUUGAAAAAUGGGGGUGAGUUUGCUUAUGACAAUAAUGGGACUCUCAUUAGGGGGAAACCGUUGAUAUUUGAAUGCGGGCCCCAUUGUCGUUGUCCACCAACCUGCCGGAAUCGUGUGAGCCAAAAAGGGGUGAAGAAUAGAUUCGAAGUGUUUAGGUCGAGGGAGACCGGCUGGGGAGUUAGGUCAUUGGAGUUGAUUCAAGCUGGUGCUUUUAUAUGUGAAUAUGCUGGAGUUGUUCUCACAAGGGAGCAGGCACAAGUUUUUACAAUGAAUGGUGAUAGUUUGAUCUAUCCAAAUCGAUUUACUGAGAGGUGGGCAGAAUGGGGCGAUUUAUCAAACAUAUUUUCUGAUUAUGUCCGUCCAGCAUAUCCCUCUAUUCCUCCACUGGAUUUUGCAAUGGAUGUGUCGAGGAUGAGGAAUGUUGCUUGUUACAUGAGCCACAGUUCAAGUCCUAAUGUUAUGGUGCAGUUUGUGCUCUAUGAUCACAACAAUUUCUUGUUCCCUCACCUGAUGCUGUUCGCGAUGGAGAAUAUUCCUCCUUUGAGGGAGGUUAGUCUUGAUUAUGGGGUGGCUGAUGAAUGGACUGGGAAGCUUCCUAUCUGUAACUAACUCAUCUUUUAAGGCAUUGGUGCAUUUUGCAUGUAGUGCAGUGCAGUGUCUUUGGGACAUGAUGCACUGAGAUUCCCAGAUGAUAGAGGAGAAAGGAAGCAUAUUGACUUGAAUUGAAAGAUCAUACUCAAAUUUAAGCUGCUGCCGUGUCUCUGUUGGACAUCAUAUUUUACCACACUCCAGGAAGAAAUUCUUUCACCGACGAUUGUCCGCCGGAAAAGACUCGACAAGGUUUGCAAACUUGUACGCGACUGUAUGAACCUCCCUUGUAUUUCUGCUUGUAUAUAUGAAGUAGAAUUUGGAUAAAAUUUGUACAGGUAACAACAUAUCAGUGCAUUAGCUGAUAGAUUAAUGCAAUGCAAUGCUUUGACCUGUUCAUGUCAUUGGAUAAAUCAGAAGGGUAAUGUGCCAAUAAUGAAUGCUUGUGUUUUUUAUUCUUUUAGGGAGGGAAGAGAUUGUAGAGUUUGUUUUCUGCUUUGCUAUGGCAAUUGCCCGGCUAAGAAUAUGGAGCAACCAAUAACAGUUGGUUAUGGAAUACCAAAAAAGUUACUAGCUUUUUGUACUGUGAGUCUGUAAUUUUUUUAGUUCUGCAUUUGGUUCAAGCUGUUCAUAUUGGCAAUGCAUUGGGAAAACUUGUACUGUUAGAGAUCGUUUUUCUUUAAUUUAUUAUUAUUAUUAUUAUUAUA